ACAUAUUUGUUUUGAUAGGAACGAAAUGAAGCAUCUCGUAUGUUUGCGUCAGAAGAAUCUGAAGCUGAGGCAAGAAAGGAAUCUGUAAAGACAUUUGUGCCUGGUGAGAUACCUGCACCUGAGGUUGCAAAGGAAGAGCAGCCACCUAAAAAGGUUGCCCCAACACCAGAGCAAAUAAUAGCUAUCAAGGCUGCCAUUGUUGAUUCCCAAACACUUGAAGAGGUUGCAAGGCUUGAACAGGUUUUCAUCAUGGAGGAGGCUUUGAAAUCUGGCCAGCUUCCUGCAGAUCUUGAAAUCAUUGAUACUGGUCCUGUGACAGUCGACACGAACACCAAUGUGGACAAAAUGAUAACGGAAAGUGAAAAGGAAGCUAAGGAUGGAACAAGUGAUGUCAAUGAACAGGAAAUGAUGGGCCUGCAGACAUGGAGCAGCUUCCGCCCAGGUCAGUUCCUCACACAACUGAAAAUACAAGGAAAGCGGAUCAAAUAAAGGUUCUGGGAUGGAUUAUAACACGGGUUCAAACGAGGCAUAAGUUCUACAUGGUUUGCCGCCAAAUCUCUAACUAUGCAGCAUCUACUUUGCUUACUGUUAAUGUUUUUCAUAGUCCGUAAACGCUGUUGGACUGAUUUAGAAGACGAAAGGACGCAAGGUAUUAUUUUACCACAAUCUAAUGUGGUUUCCACCAUUUCCAGGUCUUAUGUUGAAGCAUCAAAGAAAUACUUUUGUUUCAAUUUGUAAGAGCGCAACUUGCCUAGAUAUUCACCAUGUAUCUGUUGUGUUUUAUUUUUUGAGGUAGCAUGUCAUAUACCUAGAGCUCCUGAUAAAGCUCUACAUCAAUUUCUGAGCAAUAGGGAGGAAAGGAUUAAAAGACAAAAAACUGAUUGUCAAAAGCAAGAUGCCCAGUCAAUAGCAGACCAUAAAUUGCGAUACACAUACUGAUGGAUCAUACAGAUAAUGGAUUAUUGACGAG